GUUUAUCCCUCUUUCCUUCGCUAUGAAAAAUAUUUGGACAUACUGGACUAACGAUUGCCAGCCCGUGUUAAUUAGCUCAUUAUGAGGCUGAUUUACAUUAUUUGUUGACGGAAUCAGAACCGUAGUGCAUAGUGUUUACGGCUGAUUUUUCCGCUCGGGAUUAUACUUGCCAGGGCCGUCCUCCGAGCUGCUGGGAUAACUUUGGAGAAGUUCUUUGUAUUCGGGGUAGUCAGACAGCUUGGCCAACAAGCUGAACAUGGACUGGGGCACAGAGCUUUGGGACCAAUAUGACAUCAUUGAGAAGCACACACAGUCUGGCCUUGAGCUGGUGGAGAAGUAUGUGAAAUUUGUGAAGGAGAGGACAGAGAUUGAGCAAAACUAUGCCAAACAACUGAGGAACCUUUCAAAGAAAUAUAACCCGAAACGAAGCGGCAAAGAUGAACCAGAGUGCAGGUUGUCCAGCUACCAGUCUUUUUUGGACAUCCUGAAUGAAAUGAAUGACUACGCGGGGCAGAGAGAGCUAAUUGCUGAGAACAUGAUGAUGAACAUUUGCAUCGAUCUCACAAAGUACCUGCAAGAGCUCAAGCAGGAACGGAAGAUGUAUCUAAUGGACGCCAAGAAGGCCCAGCAGAGUUUGGAAAGCACCUACAAACAGCUCGACAGUAGUAAAAAGCGCUUUGAAAGGGAAUGGAGAGAAGCAGAGCGUGCCGCACAGUACGCAGAGAAGACAGAUCAGGACAUUAAUGCCACAAAGGCGGAUGUUGAAAAAGCCAAACAGCAGGCUCAUAUGAGAGCUCAUGUAGCGGAGGAGUGUAAGAACGACUACGCUGCUCAGCUUCAGAAGUACAACAAGGAAAAGAACCAGUUCUAUUUUAACGAUAUGCCUCUUAUUUUCAAUAAAUUGCAAGAUCUGGAUGAGCGGCGAGUACGGAAGGUGGCGCAGGGAUACAUCUUGUUCUCAGACACAGAGAAGCAUGUGAUGCCUAUCAUUGGCAAGUGCCUAGAGGGCAUUACUAAAGCCGGUACUAAUGUAAAUGAGAAGAAUGACUCCUUGAUUGUAAUAGAGCAGAACAAGUCUGGCUUUGAACGUCCUGGAGAUGUGGAGUUUGAGGAUUACAGUCAAGGCAUCAACCGAGCCUCUUCUGACAGUAGCCUGGGCACACCUAAAGGCCCCAUGGACCUCCUGGGAAAGAAUAGAAACAAAAACUUUUGGCUUUUCAGCAAAAAGAGUAAGCUCUCUACAUCCACGCUCCCACCUUUCUCAACACCCCCCGCCCCCUCGCCUGCUAACGGACCCCCUUCCCCAAAGUUUGGCCGGGACCCCCUGUCGUACUGUUUGAAGGAGAUCAAUAAGACAGUCAAACCCAGAAUCUCUUCCUUCAGGACACUCAGGAGAUCGAAGUUUACUCCAGAGAGGAUCAUGCCUACAGUAACAGAGGACUUUGGCCAUCUCCCUCCAGAGCAACGCAGGAAGAGGUUACAACAGAAGCUAGAGGAAAUUUGCAAAGAGCUGCAAAAGGAAGUAGAUCAGAGUGAGGCCCUGGGGAAAAUGAAAGAUGUUUAUGAAAAAAAUCCCCAAAUGGGAGACCCUGCUAGUCUGGCAUCCCAAAUCAACCAGACAUCCCAGAAUAUAGACCGGCUCAGAGGAGAGCUCAACAAGUACGAGACUUGGCUUGCUGAGGCAGGAGGUCGAGGGGACACGUUGCGCUAUAAAAGUCAUACAUUCAACAACAACGGAGCUCACGAUGUUCUCAGCCCUGAUGGAGCUCACUCAGAUGAGAGCACUCCUGAUCCCUCCCAGGCCAUCUACGCUGAGUUUGAUGAUGACUUUGAAGAUGAGGAACUCACUGCCCCUAUCGGGAAAUGCACAGCCAUGUACAGCUUCCCUGGUGCCAGUGAAGGGACCAUAUCUAUGCAGGAGGGGGAGAUUCUGGCUGUGGUAGAGGAGGACAAAGGGGACGGCUGGACCCGUGUCCGUAGGAACAAUGGGGAUGAAGGCUACAUACCAACAUCUUAUGUCACCAUCAGCAUAAACAAAUGACAGACAUAAUAGGAACAAGAGAAGAAGAAAUGAUCAAUUCUCCAAACUGUAUGCAAGUCAUCCCAUGGGACCAAUCAUGAAGAUGCAUCAGCACUAUGGGCGGGACCACUGGUGUAUCCAGGCACAGACAGGGAUCCAAAUAAUGUGCUUUCAUUUCUUAAGAGAAGUGCCCGCACUGGGCAGAGGAUUGGGGCUGACAAUUGGUUCCUUUUCCUUUCCCAGUAACCUAAUCCACCCAAAACACAAGGUUGUUUUACUUUUUGAUAUCAUGUCACAAUCAUUUUUUGGUUUUGGUAAAAACAUUUGCAUAAAGCUUUAGCACUAUCAUGGUACGAGUGCUCAACCUCAAAGCCUAAUAAUCCAUUGGCUGCUAAAAGUGAGCUGAAGAAAGUCGAUGCGGAGGAUGAAGUGAGUGCUGCUGCCCUCCUAUACACUGAGUGUUAAUGCCAGAAGAAGGGAGAUCCUUCACCUCUUUAUGUUUUGUAGGCAGAAACUGACCUGCCUGUUCUCAUUCAUGUCACGAGUGCCACUUUUUUAGCUUUACUAGCACUUGCAAAGAUGUAUGGUGCUGUUACUCUGCUCAAUGUCUGGGGUAAGAUCUUGAGGGUGAGGUUCGGGAGAACUCAAACCUUUUGGUUUCCAGCAUUUUGUGAGACCAAAUGUGGACACAGCUCUCCCAUCAUAGUAAAUCAUAUACACACAAACACUCUGGAGUUCAGACAAUCACAGCCAAGUUUAUUUUCAACACAUACCAAUAACAAGAUAUAGCUGUUACAACCUGAGAAAUGUACUACAAUUAUUUAUUACAGAUGUGUAUGUUCUAUGAAUAAAACUUAAGUUUGACAGAAGUUUUACUUUCAAUUUAGGAAGGUCUCAAAUUGUUUCCCCUUGCACACAUAGUGGACAGUCUGUUAGCCACAAAAGGGAGUUAAUAAUGCACACUUAAAAUCUGCUACAUUAAGACUAUUGUAUUUAUGUAAUUAAUAAUAUAUAUUUUAGCUAUCACCACACCACUAUUGUCUUAUUAGCUUUUUUUAACCAUUCAAAUAAAGAUUUUUACAUCCUGAGAGGAAACUAAAAGUCUCUACAUAUGUUGCUAAUGAUGUUUUGUUUGGGUUUACUUCUCAUCUUCUCAAGACGAUCACAUCCUGUUUUUUACAUUGUUAAUAAGCCAGCAAGAAGCAGUCUCUGCUAAUGUGUCUCUGGUGCCUUUCUGGUUAAAAGCAUUGUGUAUAUACCAUGUUUGCAUAUUAGACAUUUUGUUUUCUUAAUAAAUGUAAAGCACAUUUCAAAGUAAAAAGUGGUUAUAUAAUUUCUGGGCUUGAUAAAGUUCAAAUUUGAAGCUAACAGUGUGUUGGUUUUGAGGUGAGUACUGUCUCCUAGAACAGCUCAGUUAAUUUAUUGUCUGCUCCCCAGGACAGUUAAGUCAAUACAUGUGAACAUGUAUCCUUUUAAGUAAGGCUUGAAACUGUGAAUCUUGAAUUUAUGGUUUCACUGGGGUGAAAAGAGGACCCAUUUACUACGAAAUGAAUGUGGCAGUGGGUGGAUGGAAGAUUUUAGGUUAUUCUUUUCAAACACAGUUUACUGUUAAUUCUGCUUUUAUUUUAAUGAAGAACGAAGCCAUAUUUAAAAUCCUAACAUCCAAAACAUCUCUGUGAAACAGUUUCUCCUUAUUCACAAGGCAAUCUUUAAAGUUCACCAAAGCUGACUGAGCUGUUGUGUGCGCAGAAAUAACACAACUUAAAAGGUUUCACUUCAUGACUUCAGUACAUUCUCAGACGGUAAACCCAUUUAAACUACAACUUUCUUAAACCACAAGUCAAUCCAUCUACAUCCACCCUUUCUCAUAAAAUAUUAAUGAUAGUUUACACAUUCUGUUCAAUGGAAAAACACUCACAUGUUGCUCUGUGCUUUUUAGCACCAUAACAAAAUUGAUAUACAAUUAUUGUAUUGAAUAAAAUAAAACCCUUAAAAACCUGA